AUGGCAGAUCAAGCAAAAGGCGAAUCAGCUAAGGCUUUUUAAUUAUAGCUUAAGCCUCAUUUAAGAGAAAUAGCUAAGAAAGUUAUUACAAAGGAAGAAUAAAAUGAAUAGAAAGAAUAAAAAAAUAUCACAAAUCAGUAGAAUUAAGCUGCCACUCCAAUCACUAUAGUAUCAACUGCAACAACUACUGAUUAAAACAACAGCUAAUUUAAUCCGUUAGAUGUUAUUAAAUCUUUAGCAGAGAUGAAACCAAUUGUCAUAGUUAAAAAAGAUAGUGCUACCCAAAGCAAGAGCAGAAGCAACAGUUAUUCAAAUUAAAGAGCAAUAUCAAGCAAGGUUUAAGCAACAAAUGGAUUUUAGGUAGAUCAAAGCAUUGUUUCAAAAAGCGAGUAGGUAUUAGAAGAAGAAGCACUUAGUUUGAUAGAAAAACAUUCAUAAAUUGGUUUUCAAAGCUUGUGCAAAGAUGAUUUAAAAAGCGCGUUAUUAAAUUUAAGAAGGUCAGAUAUAAUCAUGAAUGCAUUUAUAGCAAAUGAAGGUUAAAUAGACAUGAGCAUUUUGUAUUUUGUAAAGGUUAAUUUAGGCAUUUGCUUUUAUAAGAUUGGAUUACUGGAAGAAGCUUUUACAUGUUUUGAGACUUGCAUUAUGUCAAUAAAGAAAUAGCAAAGAGAUAGCAAUGUAAAUGCAAUUUUAGUUAAAUUAUACUUUUAAUGCUGCAUAUUACAAUCAGAACUGAGUAAUCAUGAAAGAGCUCUCUUUUUUGGAAAGAAAGCAACAAAAACUAUCAUCAGUUAAUAUAUGGAUUUACUUAUAGGAUUAGCUUAGAAAUUAGCUAAUUAUUAACGAUCUAUUUAGGCUAUGGAUGCUAUUUAGUCUCAAAAAUAGCUAUCAGUUCAAAGAAAUAUUAAUAAAAAGUCUGAUAAAAGCAUGAUAGAAAAUGAUUAUUACGGAGCUUAAUAUAUAAGCUAAAAUAAAAAAUAAUCUUCAAAGCAAUCAGUUGCAUCUAGCAUAGAUCAAUAAUAGAAUUCAUUUUAUAAUCUUUCAAACAUGAACUUGAACAUGUAAAAUAUAAGCGAAUUUGAUUAUUAAGGAGAGGAUUCUUAACCUAACAAUCAGAAUUAAACAAGCAAUGGUAUUGAUAUUGAAAUGCAAAGCAUUUAGAUUAAUCCCAAAAAUAAUUAGCAAUAUAAAGGAAAUAAUUUUAGAAACAAUAAAAAAAAAUUAUUAGAAAUUUAAACAUCAGUAAAUCAAGAGUCAUUUUAUAUGUCUAGUUAAAUGAAUGAAACUUAAAGUGAGAUUAGCAAAGAUGUUAAAGGACUUUUAUAAUAAAAUGCCAGUGAGACGAAUUCUAUUAUAAGUGAAUUUGAGACAAAUCUACGAAAAAUCUAAGUUAAUACAGAUCUUACUGAUUAAGAAAAGAAUUUUUUUAUGAUUAUUAAAUCAAUUCUCUCAAAAGUUUUAGAUAUUCCAUCUCUUCUUUCAGCUAAAAAGUAUUCGAUUCUAUCUGCAUUAUUUAAGAAUCAUCUUAAAAGUACAAUUGAUGCAACAUAGUCACCUAUGCUUGAAAAAGGUAAAGAAAGUAAAACUUCUUCCCCAAAGAUAAGUUAACCUGGUAAUCAUUUUAGGUCUACGUUUUUAGAAAAAAUGAACAUGAAAGAAAUAUUUAAAAACUAAGAAGUAGUUCUUCAAAAAUCAAAUAUUCUUGGUUAGUUGCAACUUAAAGCUAUGAGUUUGGAAUAAAUUAGAGCACCUAUUCCAAAUGAAAUUAAUGAAAAAAUUUUGCUCUUUAAUGCUUAACUGAGUGUGGGCUUUUAUUGUGUUUCAACUGAGUACCGCUUCAUAGAGCAACCAUAAGCAAAUUUAACAAAAGAAAAUUGUGAUGAAGUUACUAACUCAGAAAAUUAUCUUUCUCGUGCUCUUGAAAUUGCCUUUGUAUAUCUUCCUCAUGAAGUACCUCUUGUUGGUUAAAUUAUGAGUGUCCAUACAAAAUUUCAUGCAGCAUUUAGAUAAUGUAUUUAUGAAGAUCAACCAGACUAAAAAAAUCAUACACUUGUCAGGACUUUACCAGGAGGUUGCAAAGCACCCUUUUUCAUUCCUCUGAUAAGAAAAAAGAGAGAACAAUUCUAAAUUACUAAUUCAAAAAUACUUAAUACAGACUUAAUAAAACAGCACCAGGAUUUUUCUAAACAAGAAAGACUUCAUUUAGAUGCUCAUCCAACUGAAGAGUAUUAGAAUGAAACAGAGAGCGAUUAAGGCUUCUUUAUUUAAGAUGAAGCACCUAAUUCUUAAAAUUAUCUUCUUUAAUAAAACUUAGCCACUAUUAUUCAUAAAGGAAAUGAAAUUCAAAUUUAGUAGUAAAAAGCUAAUCAAAGAAAAAAUUCAAUAUAAAGAGAAAAAAGUGCAGAAGGUACAAGCAGAAAAAAUAAAAAAUCUAGUGAAUAAGCAGAAAAAAUAUAUAGAAGCAAUAAAAUGAUUAGUGGUAACCCAUAAGGCAUAUCAAACCAAACUGGUGAAAUUAAGGUUAGACAAAAUAGAACAUUAGAUCCUCCAUCUAAAGCUAGAAGUAUAAGCUCUAAUAAUGGACCUGCCACAAUACAUAGCUCAUUUAUAAGUAAUUCUUAAAAUCCUUCACCACAAAGCGGAAAUAACUAAUUUAUUGGUUUCUAAACUAUAAAUAAAUAGUAAAAAUCUAUUGAUAAAUAGAGCAUUGAUAUUAACUCUUAGAGAAAUUUAGAAUAUAACAAUGGUUAAUUUUAACAUAAUAUAUAACCUAAUUCUAGCUAAUAAAAAACAAAUAAUAACUAUAUUAAUAGAUUAAAAAUCUUAACUAAACCACCUCUUCACCAAAGAAUUUAAUAGGCAAUAAAUUCUCAAUAACAAACUCAUCAAACUUCUUCUUCCCUAUAAGCUUCUCAGAUUUAACUGAGCUCGUAAGAAAAAUAGAUCGAAAAAGAAAUAUUUUAACUUUAAGUGAAAUAUUAAUAAGCUAAAAAUAAUCAAAUUUCUACUAACAACUUUAUUAGUUAAAAUGAUGAAACUUUAAAGUAUAAAAUUUAAAAUCAUCAACAAGGAAAUUAUAGCAUUUAAUAAACUACUUCAUAACAAUUAAAUAGCUAAAGUAAUUUUAUUUAAAACUCUUCUGCAAAUAUUAGCUAAGCAAACAAUAAUAGCAAUACUCCUAUUUUAGCUAGUAACUAGAAUAACUUUAAUUAAAUAAUUUAAUAGAAUUAGAAUUAAUCACAAGCCUUAAAUCCUAUUCAAAAGAGAAAAAAAAAUUUUAAUAUCUAAAUAAAUAACAACAUAAAUUUCUUUAUUUAAAAUGGCACAAAUUCAAAUAAUUCUAGCUUAAAUAACUCUUUCCAUAGUAGUAAUUAGCUUCCUGAAAGCUCCAAUGAAAACAUACCUUCAAAAAGUUUCAACAGCACUCCUCUUGGCACAAACAGAUAAUAAUAUUCUAGAUAAAACAAGCAUACCAAUAAAAGCUAAAACAGUAAUUAAAAUACUACCAAUCCUAACUUAUCUGCUUUAUUAUAGCAAGAAAACAUUAUAUUCAACUAAGAAAGAUCAAACAGUCUUAAUUAUCCUAAUGUUUAAAAAAAGAGAAGCAAACAUUACUACUAAAAGAAUCAAAACCACAAUACUUUAAACUAUAACUCUGCUCAAAAUUCUCCAAAUACUAGCUUCUAAAUACUGAACACUUCUACUCCAUAAAAUUCUUCUACUUUAUUUCCCCUUUCUUCUAAAAACAAGAAUACACCUCAAGGUUAAGCAAUUUUCAACUCUACUCAUAAUAAUUAGCAAAAUAUUAUAAAUUCUAAUUAAAUACAAAUAUAAAAUAGUAUUCCAUAAACAACAAAAGCUAAGCCUUCUCCCUAGCUAAAAGAUAUAAUAUUUGCUACAGGUAAUCAAAGUGUUAAAAACUAAGCUUAACAAGAAACACCAAUCAAUUUUGGAUUACCUAGUAGCACCAAAAAUCCAUAUAUAAACAAUAAAAAUUUAAGAAAAUUUAAGUUAGCAUCUGAAAUUAUAAAUUUUUGA